CCUUACUAAUAUUCAUUUCUUCUCCCAUCAAUCAAUACAAUAUAAUACCCGCCGAUUCCAAUCCCUUACAAUCAUCAUCAUCAUUCAAUUUCAGGACUGCAUUGAGGAAUGGUUUAAAGAUGGCAUCGCUCCGCCCUUCUGGAUAUGUAGACCCAGGGUGGGAGCAUGGUGUUGCUCAAGAUGAGAGGAAGAAGAAGGUCAGAUGCAAUUACUGUGGCAAAGUUGUUAGCGGUGGAAUUUACAGACUGAAGCAACAUCUUGCCCGCCUUUCUGGUGAAGUAACUUAUUGUGAUAAGGCUCCAGAAGAGGUGCGCCUCAAAAUGAGGGAAAACUUGGAGGGUUGCCGACUUGGUAAGAAAUCAAGGCAUAUUGAGUAUGACGAACAAUCCUAUUUGAAUUUCAGCACUACUGAUGAUGUGGAAGAUGAAGAGCAUGUUGGAUAUAGGAGAAAAGGUAAGCAGUUGUCAAGUGACAAGGAUUUAGUGAUAAAUAUGACUCCACUUCGUUCAUUAGGAUAUGUUGACCCUGGUUGGGAACAUGGUGUUCCUCAGGAUGACAGGAAGAAGAAAGUAAAAUGCAAUUACUGUGAGAAGAUCGUUAGUGGUGGUAUCAACCGCUUUAAGCAACACUUAGCUAGGAUACCUGGUGAAGUUGCUCCCUGUAAGAAUGCGCCUGAGGAAGUAUAUCUUAAGAUAAAGGAGAACAUGAAAUGGCAUCGUACAGGUAGGAGGCAUAGGCGACCUGACACUAAGGAGAUAUCUACCUUUUACCUAAACUCAGAAAAUGAAGAGGAAGAGCAGGAAGAGGAAGCUGCAUAUUGUGUGGGUAAUGAUAUACUUGUACUUGGUGAUAGAAGAUUUGACAGAGACUUGAGGAGAACUUUCAAAGGGUUGUCUGCUUGUAAUGGGUCUGAACCAUUGUCGAAAAGGCCAAGGUUUGAUGCUAAUGUUCUUAAGACACCCAAAAUUCAGAUGCCAGUAUCUGGCAAACAAGUGAAAGCAGGUUCCCCUAAGAGGUCCCGAAGAGAAGUCGUUUCUGCUAUAAGCAAAUUUUUCUAUCAUGCAGGAGUGCCUCCUCAUGCAGCCAACUCCCCGUAUUUUCAUAAAAUGUUGGAGUUGGUUGGCCAGUAUGGCACAGAUCUGGUAGGACCAUCAAGCCAUUUGCUAUGUGGACGGUUUCUACAGGAUGAGAUUUUGACCAUCAAAAGCUACCUUGAGGAGUACAAGGCCUCCUGGGCAAUUACAGGAUGUUCCAUUUUGGCGGAUAGUAGGAGAGAUUUUCAGGGCAGGAUGUUGAUCAAUAUUUUGGUUUCUUGCCCUCGUGGAGUAUAUUUUGUAUGUUCAGUGGAUGCCACGGGCGUAAUUGAUGAUGCAGCCUAUUUAUAUAAAUUGCUUGACAGAGUGGUGGAGGAGAUGGGGGAGGAAAAUGUUGUGCAGGUUAUCACUCAGAAUACACCCAGUUACCGGGCUGCUGGGAAGAUGCUUGAAGAGAGGAGAAGAAAUUUGUUUUGGACACCUUGCGCUGCUCACUGCAUUGAUCAAAUGCUAGAAGAAUUUAUGAAACUAAAUCGGGUGCGAGACUGUAUAGAGAAAGGGCAAAAAAUCACAAAAUUCAUUUACAAUAGGAUCUGGUUAUUGAAUCUAAUGAAAAAAGAAUUUACUGGAGGUGAGGAACUUUUGAGGCCGUCUGUCACUCGGUCUGCUUCCAGUUUUACUACAUUACAAAAUUUGCUUGACCACAGGGUUGGUCUUAGACGAAUGUUUCAGUCGAAGAAGUGGGUUUCAUCUAGAUUUUCAAAAUUGGACGAAGGUAAAGAGGUUGAAAAUAUUGUUCUGGAUUCCUCAUUUUGGAGGAAAGUACAGUUUGUUAGAAGAUCAAUAGACCCUAUAGUGGAAGUGCUUCAAAAGAUGAAUAGCGAUGAGAGCCUCUCAAUGCCAUUCAUCUACAAUGACAUGUACAGGGCAAAGCUUGCGAUUAAAAUCAAUCAUAAUGAUGAUGCACGUAAAUAUGAACCUUUUUGGAGUGUGAUUGACACUCACUGGAGUUCAUUGUUUCACCAUCCCCUCUAUCUGGCUGCUUAUUUCCUGAAUCCUUCGUACCGGUAUCGUCCAGACUUUAUUCUGCAUCCUGAUGUUGUACGUGGCCUCAAUGCCUGCAUUGUGAGAUUGGAAUCAGACAGCGCUAGAAGGAUUUCAGCAUCUAUGCAGAUUUCUGACUUUGGCUCUGCAAAAGCUGAUUUUGGAACUGACUUGGCAAUUAGUACCAGAUCAGAGCUUGAUCCAGCUGCCUGGUGGCAACAACAUGGGAUAAAUUGUUUGGAGCUGCAACGUAUAGCUGUGCGUAUAUUGAGUCAAAGUUGCUCAACGUUUGGGUGUGAACAUAACUGGAGUAUACAUGAUCAGAUGUAUGUACAAAGGCACAACCGUUUGGCACAGAAAAGAUUGAGUGAAACUAUCUAUGUUCACUACAAUUUGAGGCUUAGGGAACGACAAAUGAGGAGAAGGUCUUGCAACUCACCAUCCCUCGACAUUGUUCUGCAAGAAGAUUUAUUGUAUGACUGGAGUGUAGAGACAGAGAAACAACCCUUGCAAGAAGACGAGGAAAUACUUUAUAAUGAAAUGGAACAUGGGGAUGCAUACGAGAAUGAAUUGCAGGAGCUUGAUGAUGGAAAUGCAGACUCCAGAAAGAGAGCACUGGAGAUGGUGCUAGCAGAUGUGGUAGAGCCAUUGGAUGUUGAGGAUCCUGCUCAGGAUGAUGCAGCCUCAGGCGAUGAUCAAGAUCUGAACUUUAUUGAUGAUGAUAUGACUGAAUAGUAACAGGAAUGCGCCACCUAUGAAGAAAUGCGUAAAAAUAGUUAAACCAUUUAACUGGGUGUAAGAUUUAAUAGGUUCAUUUUCUCUUCUUCUUAGUGGUGCUUUGUAAGUUGGUAACAGUUUGUGUAUUCCUGGUGACAAAUUUUGUAAAUGGAUUGAGGUGUAACUGCAAAGAAGAGAGUUAUUCAAUUGUUUCAAAGUAAAAGGAUAAAAGUACUUUGAUUGUUCUGGCA